AUGCUGCACUCAGCCCUGCAAUUUGCAGCUCCCGGCACCAUCUACGCUGGUGAACAGUUCUUGCUCCGGUUCACUUUCCCACCCAGAAACUUGUCCGUGUGGCUGCAGGUGGUAUUUGAGGGCCCCUCACCUGAGCAUCCUCAUAUAUACUCCAACGGGCACAUUUGUCUGUCCAUACUCUACGAUGCAUGGAGUCCAGCUUUGACAGUGCACGCUGUCUGCAUGAGCAUUGUAUCGAUGCUUAGUAGUGCGCAAGAGAAGGUGCGCCCGCAGGACGAUGCUAUGUAUGUCUCCAGAGUCGGGUACCGCUCACCAAAGCUGUCCAAGUGGCACUUUGAUGAUGACAGGGUUUGA